UGGCGCGCCGGGGCCGGCGGGGCGCUGCGCCGGAGGCUCCUGUCAGCCGCGGCGGGCACUGCGCUCCGACUGGGGCGGCUGCCGGGCGUCUCGCGGUGUGGCCCAGCGGGCCGCGGGAGUUGGCGAGGAUGUGCUCGGCCGGGGAGCUGCUGCGGGGCGGCGGCGGCGGCGGCGGCGGCGGCGACGAGGACCGCGACGAGGACGGCGAGGCGCCGGCGGAGCGGGCGGCGGCGGCGGGGACGGAGCGGGAGCCCGGGGCGAGCCCGCGGCGGCGCGGGCCGCCGCUGGAGGGCAGCGAGCAGGCUACUGAAGACUCACAAAACCACACUGGUGAGCCUGGUGGAGAUGACUACAAAAAGAUGGGAACGCUCUUUGGUGAACUGAACAAAAACCUCCUCAAUAUGGGCUUCACAAGGAUGUACUUUGGAGAACGAAUUGUGGAACCUGUAAUAGUCAUCUUCUUUUGGCUUAUGCUGUGGUUCCUUGGCCUGCAAGCCCUUGGACUGGUUGCUGUUCUUUGCCUUGUCAUUAUUUAUGUGCAACAGUAAUGAAUGAGUUGCUUGGACAUUUGGAAGCCAUGUAUGUAAUUGAUAGAGUUAUACAUUUUGGCUUUUUGAAAGCCAAAAUAUUUAAUUUGUUUUUUUGAUUGUGUGUUGACUGUUUUGUAACUAAAUUUAUAAGUGGAUGUCAUUUAAAAUUGAACCAAAUUCUUUGUUAUAUAUAUAUUUUGAAUAUAUAUUUUAUUCAAAACACUUAUUUCACUACUGUGAUUUAUAUUUCACUUUAGACACCUAUAUCCCCACUCCAAAUCUUAAAUAACAUCACCAACCAAUGAACAGGGAAAAUAAGUUGGAGUUCACAUCAAGCAGUAUAGUUCUUAUAGAGUUUUAAUAAAACAUUUUGGGAAAAAAGGAAAUGAGCUAAAAAUAAGUUUUAGUUGGAAAACUGUUCUACCCUCAUCUCCAUCAAAUAAUCCCACAUUAUGGGGAAAUACUUGUCUGUUGUCCCUUGCUCAGCCUGAACCAAGGUAAUUUAAAUUAUAAUUUCUACAUACUACCUUAAUAUUGUGGUAAGAAUGAAUAAAGCGAGCAUAUUACUAGAGAUUGAAAGGAACAUAUUUAUUGCCGGGACGUUCUCAGGUUAAAUACAACUUUUCUGUAAUGUAACAUUCAGGCCUGAGAUUUCUUCAGUAUAUUAUUGACAUUUAGACAAUUUUGGUGCUAAUUACUUUUUUGUGGAUUUUUUAAAAUAUCAUAAGCCAAGUCCAUAUUUGGCUUCAUCCUAAUGUAAUACCUAUCUUCUUGUAUCUAACCACUUGCAGAUUUCAGUGUAUUUUUUUCAAAAAAUAUAAUUUUAUAGUUCUUUUGCAAUUAUCUCAAGAGUUACAACACUGUAUUUCCUAUCUUGGCAUGGAUUCCCCCCAAAAAAAUUUUAUAUUUUAUUGUAAUUAUUUAAAAAUCUGAUCAUCUUUUUUGAUAACAUAGAAAGUACAGUAUUACAGUAUAAAAUCAGAUGCUAAAAUUUAGAACUUAAAACCAAUUUUAAUAUUCUAAGAUUAAAGCCAAGUCAUUAAUUGGCUAGCCAUGUUAUUAAUGUUUCUUAACUCAGUUCUGUGGGGUUGUAUAUUGAAAAGCAUUUCUUUAAAUAUACUUUGAAAACAGAAGUUGGCUUUAGUGACACUUUUUUAGAGGACCUUCAGUCUUUCCACUUUCAUCUCAAAGAUUAUUUGAAUAAAGAAGUAGAUAAUCAUCUAGGAAUUCAAAUUAAAAGCAAUGAAAAUAGACAGUGGGCAUUUUCCUUUGGUAAGGUGCUGCUAACUUAAGCAUGUUUACUCUUACCUUUUGUAGAGUUUUACCCAAUCCAAUUUCACAAUUUUAUUCUGUGAGUUCUCAGUAUCUUUCAUCCUGAAACAGAAAAUAAUGAAAAACAUUUAACUUUAAUUUCUAAAAUCAGAUAAUCCUAAACAAAAAUACUAGUUGGGGGCACAAAAAAGUAUACUUUAGUAGACAUUGGUAUAAGUGUGGGCCUUUUAAAAUUUGGGUUUUGGAAACAAAAACUUUGUAUUAUAUCAUUGUGUUUUUAAUUGGGUUUUGAGAGUUUUUACAGUAACUUUUAUGAGCUUAAUGUAGGUACAAGUUGUGUGAAAAUUUUGCUUUGUAUACCAUAGAAUUGCAAAGUUUUCAGAAGAAGAGAUUUUGUAUAUCUGCAUAGAACAUUAAUAAGUAUAUUCUUGUCUAAUACUAUCAGAAAUUUAAUUUCUCUUUAAAAUG